CCCCCCAUAUCCCUUCCUUUGGGGGAAACUUCAAGCCUCAAGCCUUGUUUGCGCAACGGGAGGAGGAGGAGGAGGAGGGAGGACUUCAAAGGUUGCCAGGGUGGCCGUCCCUCCCGGGGAUUGCCAUGGCAACGGGGUGGAACAGGGCGGGGGCCCUGGGCUGGCUGGCCCGCUGGGGAGCCCCGGUUGCAAAAAGCUGGGCGGCGUCGGCGUCGGCGGGGACUUUGCGGGCUUUCGGAUCCUCCGCACCGGCCAUGGCGGCCCUCAAGAUUGGAGACAAGCUGCCCGCCGUGGAGGUCUAUGAGGGAGACCCUGGCACAAAAGUGAAUCUGGCGAGCCUCUUUAAAGGAAAGAAGGGCAUUCUGUUCGGGGUGCCCGGCGCGUUCACUCCGGGCUGCUCAAAAACCCACCUCCCAGGCUACGUGGAGAAAGCAGGACAGCUGAAAGGCAAAGGAGUGGAAAUCAUUGCUUGCUUGUCGGUCAACGAUGUCUUCGUCAUGAAUGAAUGGGGGAAGGCACACCAGGCUGAGGGAAAGGUCCGGAUGCUGGCUGAUCCAACAGGAGCGUUCGGAAAGGCCACCAACUUGUUGCUGGAUAAAGAACCGCUUCGGGAACUCUUUGGGACCAACCGGUCUAAACGGUUCUCCAUGGUGGUGGAAGAUGGGUUCGUGAAGUCUCUGAAUGUGGAAGAGGAUGGAACCGGUCUCACCUGUAGCUUGGCCAACAACAUUGUGUCUCAACUCUGAGCCACGGACGCGGGGCUCCCUUGUGGCUGUUGCCGAUCUCCUGAAGCCUGUCGGCGACAACUUUCCGAUCCCCCCCCACCUGACGGUUGCGGGCCAACAUCUCACGCAGCAUCUAAAAUGUAGCCUAAAUUGAUGUCCCGAGGGCAGGCGUGGUGGGAGAACUUUAUGUAGUUGCUUAAACCCCUUCCCUGUGCGCUCAGUUUGCUUAGAUACAAAUAGCUUGAAAUAAAACCGUAAUACCUGUU